AUGAAGUCAGCUUGGAGGAUUGCGGCCGUCUCAGGCCUCAUUGCUGCAGCAUCAGCUCGCCCGACAGCGCGUAGCACUCAGUCCUGGAGCAAGCUGCGUGAAAAUAUCAAGCACGUCAUCUAUCUCACCCUGGAGAACCACUCCUUCGACAACAUCGCUGGCUACUGGGACUUCCACCCGGACAUUGACAACCUGCGCAAGGUUGAUUACUGCAACGAAUACACCAAUGCCAAUUGGACCGUGUGGGGAGAACCACUGGAGAUCUGCGCUGCCCCAUUCGAGACGGAAGUCCCGCUUGUCGAUCCCGAUCACAACUUUGCCGGCGUCACUUAUGAGAUCUUCCGCAAGUGGAACAUCACCAAGGAUGAUGUCCCCAACAUGGGUGGUUUCGUUGAGCGCCAGUCCGAGAAGUACGAGUCGACUCCCGGAGAUGCGGCCUUUGUGAUCAAGGCAUACGAUCAGAAGAAGACCGCUCUGCUGGCAGAGCUGGCGCAAAACUUUGCCUUCUUCGAUGCCUACUUCGCCGAGCACCCCGGCCCAACCAACCCCAACCGCCAAUUUGCAACUUCGGGAUCGUCCUGUGGCUUUGUUGAUAAUACUGACCAGGCUGCUGGGUUCUGGAAUAAUGUCACUGGUACUACUUGCGUCACAUCGAUCUUCGAAUCCCUGAGCAACAAGAACAUCAGCUGGAAGAACUACUACGAGACCGACAUCAUCGACGCAUACAUGUACAAGGUAAGUACUCAACUCAAUCAUAUAUCAAAUGUAUGUCGUGCUGACCUUUCGAAGUGGGUUCAAGAUAACGCGAUGGAUCGCCUCGCUCAUGCGGACGAGUUCUACCGCGACUUGGAACAGGGUACCCUGCCCACGUUCUCAUACAUCAACCCCGAGUGCUGCACCAUCGACUCGAUGCACCCAACCAGCCCUAUGGCAUCUGGCGAGCAGAUGGUCAAGCACCUGUACGAUGCUCUCCGUCGUUCCAAGUACUGGGACAAUGCUCUCCUGAUCAUCAACUUCGAUGAGCAUGGUGGUUUUGCCGACCACGUCCCGACUCCGUUGAAUGUACCCCAGCCCGAAGAUAACAUCACCUUCACCGGCACAUCCGAAGGUCACGAGGUCAACUACGACUUUACUCGCCUGGGAGUCCGCGUUCCUGCGUUCCUCAUUUCUCCCUUCAUCCCUGCAAACACCCUCAUCCACGACGAGGGUACCUCGUACGCCAAGAACUCCGCCUACACCCACUCCUCAAUCUUGCAUUUCCUGCAGGAACUGUGGGGGCUGGAGGGCCUGAACAACCGGGUCCAAUGGGCUAAGACCUUCGAGUAUGUCUUCUCAGGUACCAGUCGGGAUGAUACGCCUAAGACCUUGGCGACCCCGACUUGGGAGGGCGGUAGUGGACAGCCUGAGCCUAGUGCAUUCUAUCUGCUGAAUCAGGACUAUAGCUAUUAUGCUGAUCAGUGA